AUUAUAAUGACUCACAUAGGAGUGUUCUUAAAAAGACAAGCCCCAGCACAGACGCGGCAUUCAGCUCUCCAACCUGCAACCAUGACUUUCAACGGAAGCUGGAAAGUGGAGCAUAGUGAAAACUUUGCCAACUUUUUGGAACAUAUGGGUGUUAAUGUCGUGAAGAGGAAGCUGGCGGAACACGAUAAUCUAAAAUUAAUAAUUGAGCAGACGGGUGACAAUUUCCACAUAAAGGAGUCCAGUACCUUCAGGAAGAAGGACUUUCAGUUCACGCUGGGAGUCCCGUUUGAGCAUGAGCUAGCAGAUGGAACAGUGAUCGAAGGCUCAUGGGUCCUUGAGGGAAACACACUCAAAGGGAACUUCACACGGAAAGACAACGGAAAAACGCUUCAAACCAACAGAGAAGUAAUUGGGAACGAACUUGUGCAGAGUUAUAGCUAUGAAGGAGUAAGUGCGAAGAGGACCUUCAAAAAAGUUUAGGCGUUUUAGGUGGACGAUGGUGACACCGCACCAGAAACUGAGCGGGACUAGAGAGCGUGGGAUAACCCGAAAGAGCGUGUUUGAAAGCGAUUGCCUCAUUGAUGUAACCGUGCGGGAUGGGUCACCGCCUUCAUCCACGGAGGAGACAGACAAGGGCAGCUCCAAAUCGGCAGCAAAGCUCCUUCCACAUACUUUUGUCUCUAAGAACAUUUACAUAAAAACGAAAAAUAAAGACUUCACUUCAAAAAUCA